AGAAUUUGAACUUCAAAAACAGAGCUUCAAAAUAUUAUGGAAAAUUCAAAAUUUGGUCUAAAAUUAUGGCUAGUUUUGAUCAUACAAACUGCUCUAUACUUCUUCGGAAUAUAUAUUUUCACACAGGGAUUUUUAUUAAAUCGUAUAGUCGUCCCAAAAAACAGUACAUGCAAUGACAGCAUUGCAAAAUCAACUAUAUUUCACACACGUGGAGUCGGUGAUCUCAAUAUCGAGUCAUGUUGGCGACCGGCGAGGUUUAAAAAAGCAAUUCUAGUCGUAAUCGAUGCUUUGAGGUAUGAUUUUAUGGUGUAUAACGAGUCGCUGGAGGCGAGAAAUGCGUUAAGUUUUCAAAAUAAGCUCGGUGUAAUUCAUGAAGUUUUAAAAACGAAGCCGGAUCAUGGACGCAUAUUUCAGUUUGUGGCUGAUCCACCCACAACGACGAUGCAGAGGAUAAAAGGACUUACAACAGGUAAGUUUAAGUUUUUCUAAUUUUGUAUCCCCCAAUGGCAUUUACUGGGAAGAUGAUUUUUGGAGUGGGGAGUGGGGACUACCACACAAGGGGGGGGCUUAAAAUUUUCUGGGGCAGACAUGCCCUCAGACCCCCUAGGGAGGUUAAUGCCUUUGCCAUGAACUUACUUGAACUCGACACCAGCCCCCCUCCCCAAUUGUAAAAUUGUUGUACGGUCCAUGGGGGUGGGGGUGGGAGGGGGAGGGGUUACCAAACCAAUGCCAUCUUAACCCAUUGCGCUGCAUUGUAUUAUUUUACUCUGUCUAACUCCAGACAAUUUUACUCAUCAAGGAGAGUGUUUUUAAUUAAUGGGUAAAUGAUCGAGGUACUGCAAGUUUACUUGUAAAGUCUGUUCCAAAAUCUGUUUAUAAUGCUGUGGAAUACACUAAUUUACAUCAAAUUAACUUUGUUAAUGUUAGGCAGUUUACCAACGUUCAUUGAUGCAGGAAGUAAUUUUGCCAGUUCUGAGAUUCAUGAAGAUAACAUUGUUGCUCAACUCAAAAGUUGUGGCAAGAAGAUCAUGUUCAUGGGUGACGACACAUGGAUGGGAUUAUUUCCAAGUAAGGUUUAACCCAUUGUAGCCUACUUUAAAUUAUUUUACUCUGUCUAAGACUCUGUAUUUUUAGAUUUAUUUGAAAGAUAUUACCCAUUUCCUUCGUUCAAUGUGAAAGAUCUACACACAGUCGACAAUGGAGUGAUAUCUCAUCUGAUUCCUGAGAUUCAGAGGUCUGAUUGGGAUGUGAUCAUUGCUCAUUUUCUUGGAGUGGAUCAUUGUGGUCAUAGAUAUGGACCUUAUCAUCCCGCUAUGGCUGAGAAACUAACACAGAUGGAUCAAGUCUUAAGGUAUAGCAGUAGAGACUUUAUUUCAUGAUGUAAUGUUCCUGCACUUCGGUAUUGUUGAGCACUCCGCGGAGAUGUUAAUGUGUGUCUAUUAGCGAGGGUCAUGGUAUUGUUACUCUAUUAUGUUUGCCCCACUUGGAAAAAUAGCAUUCCAAACCUCGAUAAUUGUCUACGUUAAGUUGAAUGAGUCAGUGAGUUAUAUAUCCACUUUCUUUAAGGUCUGUGGUGGAUGUUCUGGACAAUGAUACCAUACUGAUGGUAUUUGGUGAUCAUGGUAUGACAAAGUCUGGCGAUCAUGGUGGUGACAGUGAAGACGAAGUGCAUGCUGGACUGUUUGUUUAUAGUCCUACAACACUUUUCUCAUAUGCACAGGUAAUUACAUCAUGCUAACUGCUGCAUUUAUUAAUUACUGUAGCUGUUUUAUUUUUUUCAAACUUAUCUUUGUUUUUCAGCUUGAAGCCGACCAAGUGGUUUCUCAAACCGACAUUGUACCAACAUUAUCUUUAUUACUUGGGCUACCUAUUCCGUUCUCCAAUCUCGGAAUAAUAAUGCCAAGUCUCUUUGAAAAUUCAGCGUUACAAAACUUCCCCGAAAAUACAUCACUAUUACACGCUCUCCAACUUAAUGCUCGACAAGUGAAUCGAUACAUCACGGAAUACACCCAGCUAUCUAACGAUAUUUCUUCCGAUGUCUUGGACACAAUCACAAGUCCCUUGUUCAAGCGCGAUGCCGGUUUUUCUCGUGAUAAAAAUAAUCAUACGAUAAAUUAUAAUGAUAUUUUUCAAGAAAAAACUGCUUACCUUGCUUAUUUAAAGAAAAUAAGGGAACUAUGUCGCACCGUUUGGGCGAAAUUUGACAUCCUUGCGAUCCAAAGUGGAAUUUUUAUUGUCACCUUGUCUUCGUUUAUAAGUUUACUAAUAAUAUGGAUUUUAGUCCCCAAACUGUUCUUAGAUAAACACCAGUCUCGAAAGCUUUACAAGUACGGUAUGUUAGCUGCAUUGAUAGUCCUUUUUCCUGGAUUCUUGCUGUUUUACGGAAACGUUUGGCUGUUUGUAUUGGUAUUUCUUCUAUACGGAAUCGCUGGUUUUGUUCUGAAGUUGCAUACAAAUAUUUUUGGUUAUAUAAAACAUAAUUUUGUUGGCGUAAACUUCAAGAGUGUUGUAAUGAUGUUUCUACUUUUUAUUCAAUUCGCUGGGUUCUUUUCAAACAGUUAUGUCAUAAACGAAGACAAGAUUCUUGUAUUUUUCCUACAAACAAUAAUUGUGGUUUUAGCUGUUAAUAUUUUAACCAGCACUGUUGCCUCUGUGAAGUUCUUGGAAUUCGAAAAUUCUAAAGGCUUUAUUAAGACACAGAAACGAAAAGACACGAAAAAGCGAGGAGUUAUUCGGUCAGUUUUAGGACAGAUAAAACACGAGUUAGCUUGUCUAGUUUUGCUAAUGGUUUUAUUUCGUCUGGGGUCGUUAUUUUGGCCUUGCCGCGAAGAGCAAGCCGCUUGCGAAUCGACAGAAUUCUUUACUGGCUCUGAACAAAAUGGCUACCAAUUUUGGAUGGGGUCUGUGUUUUUAUUACUCGUUCCAGCUUCGCUAUUAUUUCGCCUUCGAGCGAGUGGAAAUUUGAACGGAUAUUCGAGUCCAGUCCUCGCUGUCAAAUACGCGCUACCGUUUGGCGCGGUUUUCGCGUGCGUUCAUUGGCUACUUCAAUACGUUCCCGCGAAAAUGGUGGAGCAAAAUCCUGCGGUUGGGUAUCUUCAACAAAUUGUCACUCCGUGUAUUCUCUAUUGCUCUUGCUUGGGCAGCCUGUGCUGUUUACUCUACCAACCAAUUACCGCGUUCGUGGUCAGGCCACGUGAUGUGGAAGAUGAACCUGCGAUAUUAACUGGUCAGCGGUCGAUGAGAAAUGCCGUAGUACGGAUUUUUAAGAAGUUGAGGUCUGAACUAAGUGAAGCGGACAAUAAUGAUGAUGUAACGUAUGUGUAUGGCUUAGGUACAGUGUAUUCGUCAGCAGUAUUGAUACUAUUGGUUUGUUUCGCGUUGCCCAUGGCUCUCAUUCUUGGCGAGGGCCUGGGACCGAGCGUGAUGUCGAUGAUGGCGCAGAUGUAUUUGUUCCUAGAGUUUGACAGAAUGAUGACAUCACAGGAAGCAGUCGAUGUAAAAAUAUCUUUAGGUAUGUAGGCAUCCUAUAAUGACUGUCGUAACCUGGGCCAAUUAGAGAUGGCUCUUACUGGACCUCUGCGGAAAGCAGUUUAGAGUUGUGGAGCUCUCUCGUACAAAUAUAGUUUAGCUUUCCUGGACGGAAAAGAAAACAGUUUAGAACUGAUAGUCAAGAGCUAUCCGGUAUAAGUAAUGUUAGUUUGCUUAAGAUUCCCCCUGUAGUAACACUAGACAAUUAAUGGACUAUGAUUCUUGUUGGACCUCUAGGUAGAGAAAUCUAUAACCAACAGAAUCUGUACAGUAUAAAUGUUAGUAUAGUUUACUUUAGAUCAAAAUCCCAGAUGCCAUGUUUUUUACCUAUAUAGCAAACAAGCUCUUGUCAUUUUCUGCUCUGUUUUCCGUAGAAUUUGUUUUCAAAGUCUGCUAUUUUUUAGAUUCAUUGUUGUUUCCAAUAAUAACAUGGAGCAUGAUGUCUUCUCACAAUUUCUAUUCCUCCGGGCAUCAAGCGACCAUUCCUUCAAUCAGAUUUGAAGCAGCGUUUGUCGGUCUUCCUGGAGAUAUGGAAAGUUUUUAUUUACCAGGUUUAGUAUCGCUUUCUUUGUGCGUGUAAUGUACCUAUGGCCUUAUCAUAAAUUGCUGAGUAUGUUUUAAAACGCUGAGUAUGUUGCUUGCAUAUUUUUAGGUUUUUUAAUCUUACUCAAUACAUUCGCAUCAGAUGUCAUAUUCACCAUCGCUUUGCCACUCUUUGUAUUCUGGAGAAAGCAAACCUCGAGCAGUGAAACCGCUAAUGAAAAGAACCGCAAUCCCACUGGUGAAUUCGUGUACCACGAAAAUCCGACGACGUUACGUUCCGACAUUUUCCGAGUCUGCGUACUGUAUCAACUGUGUAAAGGCUUGAAGGUGAGUUGA